UCUCUCAAAUCUAUACCUUUGCUAUAAUCCAUUGUUGUCAAUUGUCAUCCUUUGCCGGUUUAACCAAACAAGGAAAGGAUGAAAGUCAAGAUUUUACACGGCAUGCUGUUGCUUCUUGGACUUGGGAUGCCCAGGAUGAAACAUGUGGGAUUUGUAGGAUGGUCUUUGAUGGCUAUUGUCCUGAUUGUAAGCUCCCUGGGGAUGAUUGCCCACUAAUUUGGGGUGCAUGCAACCAUGCAUUCCAUCUCCAUUGCAUCCUAAAAUGGGCGAAUUCACAGAGCUCUCAAGCACAUUGCCCCAUGUGCCGUAGGGAAUGGCAGUUCAAAGAAUAAGAGAGAAAUUCAAUGAGACAUAUUUAGAAAUCUUGAAAAUCUAUACUGUAUUAUAUACUGUUAUGAGAAACGAGAAGCUUCUUUCUUGAAAAUCUACUUUAGAAAUCUUUGAAAACCUUGAAUACACACCAAAUGAUUGUUUGAUAGUCACAAUAGUUAAAUUAUUAGU